GCUACAUACAGAACUCUUAAUUUCUUUUACAAAAUACAAGUCCUGGUGACUACUGAACUUGGGUAGUUAGCAGGCACUUUUCUUUCUCCUUUGUGCUAUGCCCCAGGCUUUAGCUACCACAUAGUAACAAUUUCAUGCAACUGCAAGAGCAGAUUUCAGCCCAGGAUUUUCUUCACUCCAGCAGUGGUGCAUGACUAUAGACAGCUCCCUCCAUGGAGUCUCCAGAUGCAGCUCAUAUCCGAGCCCCCAAAUGCUCUCGCUGUCGCAACCAUGGCUUUGUGGUGCCAGUGAAAGGCCAUGCUGGCUAUUGCCGCUGGAAGCAUUGCCCUUGCGAAAAGUGUGCUUUGAUCACUGAACGGCAGAAGAUCAUGGCGGCUCAGAAGGCCUUGAAGAGGCAGGGAUCUGAUUCACCGCCCAGGGAGGCACUGCCUUCUGUCCAGUGCAGUCCCAAUGAUGAAAUGGAUGGAACUGCAGCUGGAAGUAAAAAGAGCUCCAGGAGGAACACCUCUGAGCCCCAUGUUGCUGGGCAUGAAGAGGCUAAGGGGACCUCUGCACCUGGCCAACCCACCAGGACAAUGCCUGACCAGAUGCCACCAAAACCUAGCUCUCCAACCUUCAUAGAUUUAGACCAUCCUACUGUGCCUCUGGAAUGUGCAGCAAUGUGUCCAGAAUUUAUAGAAAGAGAGCCUCCCAAAGUAUAUCCUGGAUACUCUGGCAUGUAUCCUUAUCAUCCAUUUCCUCUGGGAUUCGCCAUCAACCAACCUGGCUACAGAGGCCCAACGCAUGCCCCUGUCCUACCCCUGCAAACAGGUUACAGACACUUUCCUAGCAGUCAUGGGCCAGGGAACGUUGCUCCUGUGCCAAGACAAGAUGCAGGUGGGGAUUUUCGACCAGCUUAUUACGCUCCGAUGUCACCUUUCAUGCCUCCUAGCUUCCUACCAGGCAUUCACUAUAUUCCACCACCUCUUCAACUGAAUGUUGUGACUGAAGCUACAAAGGAAACAUUGACUGCCACAGCAGAUAGCCAAGAUUCUGGAGUGAUGUGUGAACAAAGCCAACCAUCUUCUCAGGAAGAUUGUCCCUCAUACACUAAGCGUUAAGUUUACUAACAAAUCCAUGUUGAAAUGUUACCUUCAUGUAAUGCAUUCGUAAAGGUAUUGUUUUGUUCGGUUCUUGGCUAUCACUCAUCCUAGUAUAGCCAUAGGUUUAGAACAUGAAAACAUUUUAGUUGUUAAAUUCACAAUUGUUGGCCUCUUGUGCAUUAUCCAUAAUGGGUGUUUUCCCAACAAGUUUGCCAUCACAAUUGAGGUUUAGAAAGAAUAGGCUUUACUGUAGUGUUAACAGCAUAGUUCCUUCUGGCUGGAUGUCAGUGGGAUAACAAAGUGUGCAGCCUGCAGUUUUGAAGCAAAUAAACACUUGCCAGGUUGAGUUAUAUGUCAGUUGAGUGACUUUAUAACAGAUGAUAAUGCUUAUUUUCACUAUUGCUACCAAUUCUUCUGUACCAAGCUCUAGUGAAACUCUCAGAUUGGUUUUUUCUUUGACCAGUUUGCUGGUCUAUCAAGCUUUGCAACUUUAGACAUUAAAUUUUAUUUAGUUCAAACCCCAGGGGAGGCACAGGGGACACGUGGCUGGGCUUGGAAUGACAAUAUAAAUGUUGUAAUCAUUUAUCAGCAGGGAAAUAUUCUCUCUAAGGUGCCAUACAGUCCAGUUUCAGAAUGCAGAUUUACUGCAUUGAACUGGAUUAUUUGAGUCUACACUGCCCUAUAAUCUAGUUCAAUGCAGUUAAUCUACAUUCUGAAAUUGGACUAUAUGCUAGUGUAGAUCCAGCCUAAACUACAUUUCCAUAACUUGAUCCCUUCUAGCAGUAAUACACAGUCUGGGCCAUUCCGAGCCAUUAUAUAGAUAAAAGCAUUGAGCAGCUUUGAGACGAUGCUGUCUAUUCUAAUCUGUGAAUGUGGAGAGACAAGUGUAUUUAUUAAAGUUGUACCAAGGUUUAUUCUUUUUAUCACUAUCUAAUGUGUUAGCCCAGGUUUUACUUUAAAGAAAUGCCUCUCCAUUAGAAAAGGCACCGUUCUUGCCUAAUAUAAAUAAGAACCACAUAUCCUUUGUAAUAAUGUAAAGGCAAAAUUUUGGUGAAGAUUAAAGUACACACCUUAAUUUACUGUUACCUGUUGUUUAAAGACCUGUUAUGAUCGGUUUUUUGUAUACAGUGGAAUGAAAUAUAUUAAAAUAUUAAUAUUACCGUUGUAUUUGGUAUU